AUAGAUUGGCUCAUGAAUAUUGAUAAGAUACGUGAACGCAAUCGUGACCUGAUUAAUAUUCAUAAGUUAAACAUUUCACUAUAGUAGCAUUUCACAGAGGGAGGAGAGAAAGAUCUUGACCGAGCUGUGCGAGGGGGAGUGUCUGUGCGCGAGACACACUCACACACCGGGCCGCCACGCGACUCCGGUUCAAACAAACCAGCGCGCGCCUCUGCUCACGGGACACGCCGUGUUUUCCUUCUCUCGCCGGUUAUUUAUUAGCUUUCUUGUCCUGAUCGUCCCCGUGAAAGCACCGGCGAGCAGACUGUGAAGUUUCAAUAAAUCCAGGUGUCUUGGAUGCAUUGUGGUCACUGGUGUACUAGUGAGGGGCAUCAUGCGUUCUUGCUAUCCCAGCAGCGGGGCCGUGAGGUGAUCUAACCACUGAAUGCAAGCGGAUCCUCCCACUGACUUGUCCUGCAGCAUCUGACCUCAGCAAGGGUGUAAUCCCUUUAACUGCGUUCCAUCCGCACACGUGUGACAGAGAGAAAGUGUGUCGCCAUGGCUUUCACUCUUUCGGAAAUCAUGGCAGCCCGACGACAACAGUCUCAGAGAAGAAGAGGAGCGAUCGAGGUGGACGAAUACAGCACCAACCCGACCCAAGCCUUCACCUUUUACAACAUCAACCAGGGGCGUUUUCAGCCCCCCCAUGUCCACAUGGUAGAUCCGUUGCCCCACGAUACCCCCAAGCCUCCGGGCUACACGCGGUUCGUGUGCAUCUCGGACACGCACUCGCGCACAGACACCAUUCAGAUGCCGUAUGGUGACGUGCUGCUGCACGCGGGAGACUUCACGGAGCUCGGCCUGCCCAGCGAGGUCAAGAAGUUCAACGACUGGCUCGGCACUCUGCCCUACGAGAUAAAAAUCGUUAUAGCCGGAAACCACGAGCUGACGUUUGAUCAGGAGUUCAUGGCAGACCUGAUAAAGCAGGAUUUCUACUACUUUCCGUCUGCCUCCAAACUCAAGCCGGAGAACUACGAGAACGUUCAGUCUCUGCUCACCAACUGCAUCUACCUGCAGGACUCUGAUGUUACCGUCAGGGGCUUCCGAAUCUACGGCUCGCCGUGGCAACCGUGGUACUACGGCUGGGGUUUUAAUCUACCACGUGGACAAGCUCUACUGGACAAGUGGAACCAAAUCCCAGAUUCCACGGAUAUCCUUCUCACACAUUGUCCUCCUCUGGGUUUUUUGGAUUGGGUGCCCAGAAAGAUGCAGCGUGUCGGUUGUAUGGAGCUACUGAACACAGUCCAGAGGAGAGUUCAGCCCAAACUACAUGUAUUUGGACACAUUCAUGAAGGUUACGGCAUGAUGACCGAUGGGACCACCACAUUUGUUAAUGCCUCUGCGUGCACGGUGAACUUCCAGCCUAUGAACGCGCCCAUCGUUUUUGACUUGCCCAAUCCCAGAAGCUCAUGAUUGAACCGACUUCCCCAUCCAUCCAAUCAGGGUCCCUGUUCAUAUACGGAUUCUGUGUAUUGUAUAAAAACCGGCGGGAGAGGCGCUUUUUGGAUAUGCUAAGAAAAUUUACAUCCAUCUUGUGCCGUGCCGCCCUCGAACACAAAAGUGGUGUUUCGCCACCUCGUAAUGGACUUUUGAACUCUUUUCUGAAUUUGCGUUGCACUUGAAUCGGCGUGACAAUCGCGUGAAUUUAUAAGGUCAUGGAAGCCAAUCAAUGCUGAAGAUGGGAAGCCAAGGUUUCUUCUCAUUGGCUGGCCCUUAUUGAAUGAACUUUGUAACCUUGUAGCCUCAAUGGACCUCAUAAAUAUCCUCAACUCCUGGAUGUACCCAGAGAAAACAGUGCUAUGGUGCAAACAUGUUUGUUCAGGGUCUUUAACAUUUCUCUCGCGUUCUGCUUUUUCCUCUCUGCUAUAUCUGCUCUCUCUUGUUAUAUGUUGCGCUUUUUAACUCUGGGGUCAUGCGGGAUGUCACUGGGAGAAAUUUGUCGUCUUUAAUCAGGAAUGUAAUGUUUUAAAAAUUGCCAUUCAUGCAUUUUUAUUGUUCGAUUUACUGUAUACGUGUAAAACUGUGAGUGUGUUUUAAAGCAAACAGUCCUUUAUUGAAACUGUGUGAAUUUUUACAGUACUUUGAAGUGUUUGUUUAAGGUCUAAUAUUUAAGAGUUCUUCAUUUAAUGUGCCUCCUCAUCAUGUCAAAGCAAAAGUGCCCUUUCGCGUAACAGUAAAACGUUGCACUUUGAUCCACAUGAUCCCCGCUAUAAUUUAUUAACAUUUUUCAUGGCGAUCAUUUAUUCCCUUGUGUUUUACAGCUCUUCAGCAUUAACUGUGUGUGGCGUUAGGCCUACUAUGACGUUUCUGUUAGAUGUGCAGAGGGUUUUCAUCUUCUCCAUAUAAAUGGAUGAAUAAAAAUGAACAAAUCGAAGAAAUUAUGGUGCCGUGUGUGUGUGUGUGUGUG